AUGAAUUAAAUCAUUGUACCGUAUAAAAUAUAAAUAUUACGCCUACAUGAACAACACAACUGUAUUUCCUUGUAUGACACUACUGUACUGAAUACCAAAACGUUAAGACAGUAUGUUAUGAUAUUGGGUUAUUUCAAGACACCAUGCACUGUAUCAUACUUAACUUAGGCCUAUCAUUUGGUCUGUUGUGCCCCAGAAAGAGAAGAUGGCAGCACUUAUUGGUUUUGAUUUUAAGUUGUAUAUGCAACGUUGCUUGUACUGAAAUAAUUCAUCCUACAGAUGUAGUCGUAUUUGAGGGCCAGAAUGCCUUCUUUGAGUAUUCCUCAUCGGUCCAGGCUUCUUCAUGGGCCUGGUACAGGACGCGGCAUCGUGAAGCAGUGCGUCUGUUCAAUGACGGAAAAUACGUUAUAUUUGUUAACGGCAUGCGUACGGCGAGUAAUUUGACAGUCUUAAAUGUGACAAGGGCUGACGAUCAGACAAAAUAUCAUUACGAACGAGGUAGUACAUCUUCUAAAUCGGCAAGCCUUACAGUCAUUACACCUCUUGAUACGGAUUAUCCAAAAUGUAAUAUUACUAGCACUAUAGAUAGCAUACAUGUUGGAGCAAAUGUGGAGAUCGCGUGCACUGCAAUCGGUGGUAUACCAAGACCAUCUUUACAAUGGUUCAAAAACAAUAGCAAACUUAAUGAAACCGACGAUUUUACGUCACAAAAUAGUAGUAUUACUUAUCUGGACAUCCUAUCAAUCUCACUGUCAAAUGAGGAUAAUGGAGUCGAAUUCAAAUGUAAAGCUGAUGGAGUAUCUGUAGUUGGAAACCAGUCUUGCUUUGUUGUGCCUUUAAGCAUCGAACCUAGUGUAAGUAUAAUCGUAAAUAAAAUGUCAUAUGAUGCUGGAGACUCAUUAAACAUUACCUGUUCCGGUGAGGGUAUUCCACGUAUUUCGGAAUAUAACUGGUUCUUUAACAAUAAGCACGUGACGUCAUCUCAAUCAAUGUUCAAUAUUAUUAAAAAUGGUACGAUUUUAGAGAUUUUACAGCUUCAAACUGAACACUUAAAUGCUGAAAUAAGAUGCAAAGUCAGUAUACCAUCUGGAUUAAGUGCCAGUGAAAGCAUCACUCUUUCGUUUACCAGUCAUGAUGCAGCAACAAAUGACUUGAUAAUUUACAUAGUAAGCGGAUCUGUAUUAGGCCUACUUAUUUUACUAGGCCUGCUUGUAAUUUGUAUCAAAAGAAGGAGUCACGAAAAAAAUAGCAAAUUGACUACAUCUCAUUAUGUCAAUCACGCCGUGUCGUUGAACCAGGUUGAAUUAAAAGAAGACAUGAAUAAAGACUGGUGCAGCAGUGGUGAUCCUCAACCACAACAACCAAUGCCCACGCUUGGAAGUAAAAGUGUCGAAAAUAUCUUAUAUAUAUCAGACAUCAAACAUAAUCAAGGCUUAAGCUCCAAAGAAACAUAUUCAUUGGAAAAUAUUUCAAGAGAUCGACCAGACAGAAUACUUUUGUCCACUAGUUCUAUUGACCACCUUUAUGCUAAGCCAGAUGGUGAACCUCAAUUAGAACAUCCAAUGCCCAUGCUUGAAAGUGGAAGUGUCGAAAAUAUCUUAUAUUCCGAUGUUCCAGACAUCAAACAUAAUCAAGGCUUAAGCCAAAAAGAAACAUGUUCAUUGGAAUAUAUUUCAAGAGAGCGACCAGAGAGAACGCUAUUGUCCACUAGUUCUAUUGACAACCUUUAUGCUGAGCCAGAAUUUAAGGAUUUAAGAAAGCAUAACCCAGAUACACAAUCAAUUGAUGGAAUUACUGAUUUUGGAGAUUUAUAUGCAAAACCAAUAAAAGAGAAACAGAAACCAGAUACGCGAUCAAUUGAUGGAAUAGCUGAUUUUGGAGAUCUAUAUGCAAAACCAAUAAAGGAGAAGCAGAAUCCAGAUACACAAUCAGUUGAUGGAAUAGCUGAUUUUGGAGAUCUAUAUGCAAAGCCUAUAAAACACCGACAAUCAAUUCAUCAGUCUCUUGAAAAUAUUUUGGGAUCUUCAGAAAAUGAUAACACGUCCUCAAACCGGUCGGAAUCGGUUGAUGAUCUAGGCAUAUUAUACAGUAAGCCUAAUAAGAAUCGUGUAAUGUCUUCAACUGAACACUUACCACAACUUUACAUCAAACCGGAUAGAACACACAAGGAAUCGUUUGAAGGUAAUCCUACCACAUACACUUGCAGGCCAGGAAUAGAAAGCAAUGCCCUUUCUAAUAACAUUAAACUGGACGUUAUAUAUUCAAGCAUUGCUUAG